UUACUAUCAUCAUCGAUUCAUCGCCUACAGAUCAAUGACAAAUAGUCUAGUGAAUUAACCGGAAGCCUUCUGGUGGGUUUCUGUGGAUGAAUGGAUGGUCAUAAUGGGCGUGGAUCAUGAGAGAAAAUUAGUCCUUUCCAGUCGGUCAUUGUGCCUGGAUCGCGGUAUAAAUACCCCUCCAUUGUCCUCCUCAAGGGUCCUCAAUUCACAAGCACCUUGAUCGUAUUCUCUCUCCUUUCGUCCAAUAAGAUCUCUUGAUUUACAUCAUACAUACAAAUCGCCACCAUGCCUCUCUCUGGUCACUGUCUUUGCAACGCUGUCACCUACAAGGUUGACUCUGACCCCCUCAUCGUCGCUUACGACCACUGCGACGAUUGCCAGCGCCAGAGUGGCUCCACAUACUCCCUGGUCGCCGUUGUCCCUAAGGACAAAUUGACCGUGAGCGGCCCAACCAAGACCUGGUCUGGCAAGGGAUCCUCCGGCCACGCCGUCCACCGUGUUUUCUGCCCCGAGUGCGGUUCUCCCAUCGCCCACGACCCGGACGCUGCUCCCGAGAUCAUCGCUAUCAAGGCUGGUACCUUGGACACUGAGAUUAAGAAGACCUUGAAGCCGGACACCGAAAUCUGGACCGUCAGCAAGCUUCCCUUCUGCUCGGAGCACCUGGAGAAGCCCUUCCCCAACAUGCCCCAGUAAACGAAUAAAGACCCAGAAAGGAUUUUACGUGCCAUUUUGAAUGAUGAAACGAAAAGUAGCUAAUGAUAAUGCAAUAUGACUCAAAUUUGUCUUGUCUACAACAAUUUUGAAUUUGCCUCUUGGAUA